AUGUCAACUGUGAAGACUGGCUUCUAUCUACCGGACGGUCUCGCGAAGUGGCCCUGGACACGCCAGCUCAACCCGAACUACCCUGUCGUGAAGGCAGAAUCCCAAGCCUGGCUUGAGGCCUUCGGGGCUAUGGACGACCAUGCACAGCGCUCCUUCAAUAAAUGCGACUUCAGUCUCCUCGCUUGCCUGGCGUACCCGUUGGAAGACAAAGACGAAAAGGGGGUACGAGCGCAAGCGGAUGCGAUUUUGGAUGCUUUGCACCACCCACAUACCGCGAGACCGGCCGAUGAAUCCAUUUUGGGUGAGGUAGCUCGUCAAUUCUGGGAAAGAGCAAUUCUGACCAUGAGUCAGAACAGUCAGAAAAGGUUCCUGGAGGUGUUUGGGCCCCAUGCCAAUUCAAUGGUGCAGCAGGCGAAAGAUCGGGGACGGAGGUACCGGGACAGACGCUCAAUCGACAGCUACCUAUCCGUUCGUCGAGGUACUAUCGCCGCAAAGCUAGCCUUCGCAAUCCUCGAAGCAGAUUUGGAUUUGCCGAAUAAAGUAAAGGAGCACCCGCUCAUUGUCGAGCUAGAGCUGUGUUGCAUGGACAUGCUCAUACUGAGCAACGACAUGUACUCGUACAACGUCGAGCAAGCAAAGGGUGACGAUGGACAUAAUAUCGUGACGGUAGUUAUGCAUGAAAAGCAUACCGACAUCGAUGGAGCAAUGGAGUGGGUUGGAGGGCAUUACCGUCACAUCACUACCCAAUUCUUGGAGGACAGGGAUAAAAUACCCUCAUGGGCCCGGGGACACGAGAUUGACGCGCAAGUCUCAAGAUAUAUAGAAGGCCUGGGCCACUGGGCGAGAGGCCACGACCAAUGGUGUUUCGAGACGGAAAGGUACUUUGGAAAGGACGGGUUAGAGACGCAAGAGAAGCGCUGGGUUGAGUUGAUGUGA